UACUCUCUCUCUCUCUCUCGUUGGGAGUUUUCCGAACUCGAAACUCAACCAUCUAAAUUUAGAUUGUAACGCUCCAAGUCUACCGGCAUACAGAUUCACGCAACUCCUCCUGAUAAGGGUUCUUGUUUUGACUAUUAACCACCUUGAAGCUUUACCUUUUUUAUCUUCUUCAUCCCUAGCUAGCUGGCUAAUAUACACACUCUCUCGCCGUCUAUCUCGCCUUGUAUCGUUUUGGGUCUCUAUAUCUGGAGUCUUUCUUCUCCGAUAUCUGCUGUUUUUCACGCUUGGAACACAUAUCUGCUGUUUUUCACGCUUGGAACAUAGAAGAGAAUUAUGGGUAUUCGAUCCCCUUUUUCUCGGAAAAAGAAGAGCAAGUCUGUUCCGGGCUCCCCUCGCGAGAACUCGGGUAGCUCGAGGUCGUCUUCUUUGCACGAGCCGGGGAACUCAAGAACCCUGGUCGAGGAACUUGGAGCAGUUUUCAAGAAAUUUGAUAUGAAUGGGGAUGGGAAGAUUUCUUGGUCUGAACUGGGUUCGAUAAUGGAGAAUUUGGGAAACCCGGUGACGGAAGAAGAAUUGCAGAAAAUGGUGAAGGUGGUUGAUUUGGAUGGCAAUGGAUUUAUCGAUUUAAACGAGUUUAUUGACUUGAACACGAACGGGGUUGAUUCGGAAAAAGCUGUAGAGGAUCUGAGACACGCGUUUAUGAUAUUUGACACAGAUGGAAACGGGUCUAUAUCACCGGAAGAAUUGCAGGCGGUGUUCAGGAGUCUGGGGGACGAUAAGUGUUCGAUCGCAGACUGUAAGAAAAUGAUUCGUGGCGUUGAUUGCGAUGGAGAUGGGUUGAUAAGUUUUGAAGAAUUCAAGAAUAUGAUGAUGAACUCGCGCUCUCCCGUUCAUCCUCUCCAAUAACAUCAUCACUUCAAGUUCAAACAGUAAUGGUGAACAGUGAUGGCUGAUAAUGCGUAUCUUUGAUUUUCUCUCUUCAAUUCAUCUGUUUGUCUCGUUUUAUUUAGAGUAGUUUUUGGGUUGUUCAUACCGUUCUGACUUCUGAAAUUGGUUUCACUAGAGGACAUCAACUGGCUUUU